AUGGCGCUAACAUUGAAAAAUCCAGAAAUAUUAAAGGAGUGCAGUAGAGUAAUUGGAAAGCAUAGACAUGAAAUUAAGGAAGUUAAAGAUAAAUCCUUAGUGAAGAACAUUACAAUAGAUAAUAAAAAAGAUAUUGCUCGUACCAACAAAAGAAAUCAAAGACGUAAUGAAUUCAAUGCAGACAAAAUGAAAUUACUAUCUAAUAGCGGAGAAGGAAAAUCAUUUAAAGGAACGUAUAAUGUGCAUAGACUUCAAAGACAAGAUAAAAAAACAUCUGUUUCAAAAACUCUAAAUGAUAAUUUUUGGAUGUUUUUUCUCGAAAACAAGACGUUUAGGAGAACAGAUUAUGAUAAAAUGCAAAAACAAAAGCAGCGUGCUCUUCAAAAGUUGAGUAGGUAUGAUGUGAAAAUUCAGCAUCAAGAUCAAAGAAAAUUGAGUAAGCGAGAACUUGCUGUUGACUUUCAAUUGCACUGGUGUGACAUUAUUCACUCGGUUCCUUCAUUCACGGAGAAAAAACAAUGCCAAUAUCACCAAAAGGACUCUAAAAAGAAAAUGGUAAAAACAAAUGUAAAAAGUUACAAUAUUGAAACAUCUCACGGACCAAUAAACCUCACAAAAGCACGAUAUCAUGACAAUUGUCUUGGUAAAUAUAUUGAGGCAGCCAUUAAAAAUAGAGGUUUGGAAGGAGCAUUGAAGGUUGCUUCUUGGACAGACUGUGAUGAGGACAGAGGAACUAGGAUUAGAAUGAAAAUUCCCGAGUUUUUAAAUGAGAAAGGAAAAAUUUCUCGAAAAAAAUCCAGAGGAAAUAAAAGCAACAAAAGGAAUAAACAAAAGUUCCUAGCGCCUAAACAGAAAAAGGUCAAAGCAAAAGUUAAAAAUAACACGGUCGAAACUAAUCACAGAAAAACAAAAAUCAUAAAUGCAAGAUGUCGUGGUAAAUAUAUUGAGGCAGCAACGAAAUCUCAAGGUUGGAAUAGAGCGUUUAUGGUUGGUACUUCAUCAGACUGCGAAGAUUACAGAGUAUCUUGUUUUAGCUGGGAUUCUCAUAUGAAUACAAAUGAGAAAGGAGACAUGUGUUUCGAAAAAAAUAUAGAAAAUGAAGGCAAAAGAGAAGAUGAACAAUUUUGGAUAGAGCCUCAAGAGACAAAAGACACAUGGGAAGAGUGGGAUUCGGAUGAAUAGUCAAGUAUAAAUACAUAUUAAGAGCAGUUUAAAAUAGGUGAAACCAAUGUCAGAAGUAAUUCAUGUAAUUGUGUAUCUAAUAGUCCAACUUUCCAACUAUUACCAGUUCAUGAUGAAACAUUUGCAUAUAACAUUGGUAGUAUAAUAGAGACUAGAACUUCAAAUCAUCAAAACCAGGCAUCAUCAGUUGAGGAUAGUGUUUAGGCUUAGGAAAAAAGGAGCAUGUAUAACAUCUAUACCACAGUUAAUAGAAUUUUCAAUGAUGGCAUUUAUCAAUCAAAUAUUUCAAUGUGUUCAUAUUAUGAUGUUAGUUGUAGGUUACAUGUGUUAAAGAGUGUUGCAUUUUUUGGUUAUUUGUGAUAUUUUGAUUUGUAAAUAGUAAUAUUUGGGAAAAAAAUGUCUGAAACAGUUUAUGGUAAUUCAACAUUAAUACGGAUACUAAUUAUGUUGACACAAAGUACAAAUUUGAGCUUGCCUUAUGUUGUUGAAUUCAUUUAAUUUUUCAAGCAAUAGGUAGUCAGAAAAGAAAAACAGGAGUAAAGCAAUACAAAGCAAUUUUUGUUGACACAUUUGAUACUUCUGUAUGAAAAAAAAAUGAAAAAAAUACUGGUAUUCAUCAAAUUAGGACACUGGCAAUGCAUGUUAUGACGAAACUUU